AUGCCGGCCAUCCCACCAUCGCCCCUGAGGCUAUCUCACCGCCAUAGUCAUAGCCAGUCCUCCAACCUCGAUUUCGAACCUCUUUCUCCCGGAACCUACGGCCCCAAUGGUUUCUCCCACAGCCCUCCAAGGUCGCCGCGGACGCCGCGUUCGUCUGCCCCGCCUUCCCCGAUGACUCCCCGCCAGCGGAAUUCGCAGGCCAUGAACGGCUCAUACAGACUAUCAGGUGAUUUCGGGAGCAGCACAGAUGCCGGCGGGGGGCUGGGAAACCUUGCAGAUGAGCUUGCAGACGCCUGGGACGACGAGGAAGAAGGAGGCUAUGGGUAUGUCUCUGGACAAGACAAUGGGCCAGGGGACCUACAACACGACAUGGAUCGCAGUGACGGAGAGGACGGGUAUAAUAUGGGACGAAGAUCGCCCUUGUCGGAUUUCGCCGCGGAGCACGCCUCGCUUCAGCCACCCAGAGCAAAACCGCGGAACGGCACACAGAGAAGUCACCGGCGGCAUGAGUCGCAAUACGACGGCUCCGACUACGGGAACGAGUCCGACUUCGAGGAAGCAGCAGAUAUAUCGCCUGGUCUGGAGGGGCAGAUGGCCGAGAUCGAGAGUCUGGCGCGUCGAGGGAUCGAGAACAACGGUAGCGAGAACGACUAUGUUAUCCAGCGGGCGGUUGAGGCCUUGCGGGAUCUCGGUGGUCAAAGUGGCAUUGAGAACAAUGCAACGAGACUCAUUACGGCACACACCUCAAUCACCUCCCAUCUCACCCAUCAAACCCGAACGCUCCAAACACUCACUCACCCGCUCCUCUUCUCUCCAUACCCGCUUCUCUCGCCCGACGCCAUUGACGCCCUGAUCCCACUCAUCGACGAGGGCCUCCUGCCUAACCUCCCCCACCCCUUCCCAGGCCAGCCACAUCACACCUCCCGACCCACCACUCCCUCGCAAUCCCCUUCCUUCAACCCCCUCAUCUCCCUCCAAGCCCUCAUCGCCCAAACCACCGAGCUCACCCUCUCCCUCCGCGGCCUGAGCGACACCCUCUACGAAUCCCGGCAACUCACGGCCACCGCCUCCCGCCGGCUGCGGUCCGCGCGCGAACUGGUUGCGGAGCUGCGCCGCGAGGAAGAGGGCCGUGAAGAGGGAACCCGCUGGAUCGAAAAGGGGGACUGGGACCGUCGACUGCGCGACCGCGAGGCCGGCCGCGUCUGCUACGACGUCGUCAGCGGCUUUGAGGCCGUCUGCGGCGAAUGGAGGGAGCGGCUGUUCGGUGCAGCUGCUGCCGCGGAAAUGGCGGCGGCUUGA